GAGCUGAGUGGGAGUCCAGUUCAAGUGCUCUGACGGCAGAGCUCCAAUGAGGAACACAUAUAUUAGAAGAGAGCAGAGGAGAGGUGAGGAGAGAGAGAGUACCACUACAGGGAAUGAAUGUGAGAGACGUGAAUAUGAUUAUAUGGAUAAUAGCUAAUGCUUUGUACCUAGGGUGUUACUUGGUGCUCUAGGGCAUCUUACAUGAUGUAUUGGUGAGGUUGGCCGGCUUUAAUAAUACCUAUCACAAGCCUAAUGCUCGCGGAAACAGGGGACAGUUCAGUGAAUACGUGUAUUUUUAGCUCCACCUCAGUAGCCCAACACAUGAGAAGCGGGAAAGAGGAUGUUUUGAAUGAAUCAACGCCACAGUGCUCAGCAGAAGACGUCAGCAACAGCAGCACUACCAGCUGAGAGGAAUACACACACAGGCACCACUGAGAGGAGCAGAGCAGAGCACAGCAAAUCACAGACCUGCAGCUAACAUGUUGGGCCAACCAGGACAGUCAACCUUACACGUCCCUUACAAGAGGCAGCCAGUGUAUCGUGCGACUAAAAGCCACAACCUGAGGACUGUAUCGUUUCGGCACCCUGUGACCGGACAGAUAUCUCCUGAAAACACAGAAUACACACUACAAGACAGGAUAGAAGUCCGUAUGUCCAAGUCAGCGGCCAAUCAGAGAUCCCCGAGCAUGGUCACAGAGUCCUCCAGGGCUGUGACAUCAGCAGCAGUGGAUGCCACCUCAGGGUCAAAGUGCUCCAGAGGUGCGGGGAAAGUGCACAGUUUUGGCAAGAGGGAUCAUGCUAUUAAAAGAAACCUCAACAUCCCAGUGGUGGUGAGAGGCUGGCUCUAUAAACAGGACAGCUCUGGAAUGCGGCUGUGGAAAAGGAAGUGGUUUGUUUUGUCAGACUACUGCUUGUUUUACUACAAAGACAGCAGAGAGGAGACAGUGCUCGGGAGCAUCCCUCUGCCCAGUUAUGUCAUUGCACCAGUUGAGCCUGAUGAUCACAUAAACCGAAAAUACGCUUUCAAGGCGAGUCAUACAGGAAUGCGCUCCUACAUUUACAAUAAGAACUCUGUGAUUGGCUCACAGGCAGAACACUGCGGGAUGCGGACAUAUUUCUUCAGUGCGGACACACAGGAGGACAUGAAUGGCUGGAUCCGGGCCAUGAACCAGGCUGCGCUGAUGCAGCAGAGUCACACUAUAAAGAGAGAAGUGGAGAAUCCUAAGAAGGCUGUACAGCAGGCUGUCCCACAGGCCAACCAUGUCCACAUCAACCAGAACUCAUCUCAGUCAGAAAGCCUUCGCAGGACAGAAAGAGUGGAAGCUCCGGAAAAUUGUAUUCAACUGGCUCAUGGAGACGAGAUGAGGUAUGAAUUAGAGAUCCAGGGGAGGCCCAGCCAGUCAGCUACAGAGGAAAGAGUAGAGCGACUCUCGCCAGACUCAGUCGAUGGUGCCACCCACAAGAACGGACAGCAAACUGUAAUCCAAGUGGCUCUGCCACCAGAACAGAAUGGAAAUCUUGUCUAUCAGAGGGGCUUUGUUUCGCGACCAGGCACUGAGAAACAUGUGCAGAGGAAGAAUACGCUGGCUCAGGUGGAGCAGUGGGUCAAAGUUCAAAAAGGGGACCCACCAAAGAGUGGUCCCUCUGCUGAGUACAACCUCCCUCGGCGGACUCCUCCAUUAAAGCCCAAAGCCAGCACAUCGGAUGCCACCUAUCAGUCGUUGCCAAAGUCUCCCCGUCUCCCGUCUGGCAGCAACUCUCCUCCAGCAACAUGCAACCUGCCUAGUGACUACAAGUAUGCCCAUGACCGUCUCAGCCACUUCCGCAUGUCCACCGACGAGCGCAUGGCCACCAAGGAGGGAAUGGUGUGGCAGCUGUAUGAGUGGCAGCAGCGGCAGCAGUUCCGUCAUGGCAGCCCCACCGCUCCUAUCUACACUGGCCCUAACUUCACAGACUCUUCAUCUUUUAGAGUUACUGUGGAGAUGCCACGUUCCAUCUCUGUGCCUCCGUCUCCGUGUGAAGUCCCACCAUCAGUCCCCUCCUCCUUCAAACCCCUGUCACCUCGCAGGCCCCACACUCCUUCAGACAGACGCACAGUCAGGCCCCUGGAUGAAGUGACACCAGGGGACAGCACAAGGUCCAGCUCGCCCGGCCAUAUUUGUGCCCUUUCUCAGACUUCCCAAAUAGAGAGAAGGUCCAUGCCUGCCAUGGGCUACAUCACACACACUGUCAGUGCACCCAGCUUGCAUGGCAAAACGCCAGAGGAGCUGACUCUGCUCCUCAUUCAGCUUCGGAGGCACCAGGCCAAGAUGGCUGGUGUGCAUAGCCCGAGUGAUGCGUUCGCUCACCUGCAGCACCACCAGCACAACGGCCUUCUGGGCCCCAGCAUGCAGGCUGAUGAUACUUACAUACAACUGAAGAAGGACCUGGAGUAUCUAGAUCUGAAGGUGGGCCCCAACAAAAUCCAAAGUAUUGACCCGAUGAUCGUUUCAGUACACAAUGUGUUUGAAAACUCCACUCCACAGAGUUUUGGGUACUGUUGGAAUGUUACUGGACGGGAGAGUUUAAAAACAGAAAGACCAUCAAGGCCUGUGAAAAUAGCAGAAAGUGAUGCUGAUGUGAAAUUAAGUCGGCUGUGUGAACAAGACAAGAUUCUACAGGAGCUAGAGGCCAGGAUACGCACUUUGAAGGAGGACAAGGACAAGCUGGAGUCUGUGCUGGAUGUUUCCCACCAGCAGAUGGAGCAAUACAGAGCUCAGCCAGCCCAUGCUGAGAAGAUUGCCUAUCAGCAGAAAUUACUACAAGAGGAUGUGGUGCACAUCAGGGCGGAAAUAUCUCAAGUCUCCACAGAGAUGGAGAACGCGUGGAAUGAGUACAGCCGGCUGGAGAGAGAUGUGGACUGGCUGAAGUCAGCCCUGCAGGGACAGAUGAACCGCAGCGAUCUCUCUCAGAAAGAGAAAGCCCAGAUCAGAAAAGAGCUGUGGAGAAUUGAGGAUGUUAUCGCAGGCCUCAGCACCAGUAAAGCCAACUACAAAGUCACUAUCUCCUCUGUUACCAACCCAGAGAGGAAAUUUGUGCCUUCAGUGUCGGCGUCAUCAGUGCCUUCUGUGUCUGGGAGCCCGUCUGCUAUGGAGAUGAGAUUUUCCCAGCAACAGCAGCACAGCCCCCACCUCAGCCCCAGUAGCCACACCCCCACCCUUUCCUCCAGCCCCAGCCAUCAGCCCUUACACCACUGGGUGGAUGCAACCAUUACCAGUGGACUUAAAUGGUUCUGUGUGCAGGGCGAGGAAGAUGUGCCUCCCAGACCUCCUCUACCUCAGCUCUACAGCCCUGAUGAGCAUCCUCCUGCUGUGCCCCCAUUGCCCCGGGAGACAACGGUCAUCAGACACACUUCUGUUCGCGGCCUCAAGCGACAGUCAGAUGAACGCAAAAGGGACAGAGAGAUUGGCCAGUUCACUAAUGGAGACAGUAAGGUAGAACUUAGGCCUUUCCUGAGCGAUCCAGAGCUUAUGGGAGCUGGGGACGGCUCCAGCCACAUCACUGUAGUAGCAUCUGGACGUGCCGGUUACCAGACGUUACCAAGCAGAGGAGUGGCUGGCUCCUCGCCUAGGCUAAAUCAGUCUUCGAGCAUCUCCUCAUAUGUGACCCUCCGAAGAGCAGCCUCAGCUGCUGGCGUGAAGGAGAGACCAAAAAGUGCCUUGGAGCGUCUGUACUCUGGGGACCCGGCGCAGCAGCAGAGGGGGAAGAUGAGUGCUGAUGAGCAGCUGGAGAGGAUGAAGAGGCACCAGAAGGCCCUCGUCCGCCAGCGCAAACGCACCCUGAGCCACGGAGACCGCCACGCCUCUCCAUCCUCGCGCAGCUCGUCCUCAUCCUCACGCCCACUUUCAGCAGACAUGGGAUCAUGGAAGAGAGAGCAGGAGUUUGACCUGCAGUUGCUCGAGAGGGCUGUUCAGGGGGAGGAGGCACAGGGAGUUAGGAGCGUUCAGGGAGAGGAAAGACCUCCCGAGCACAAAGAGAGACCCCGCUCGCACUCUGACGAAUGGCUGACCCUGCGCUCCACAGCCACAACCCCUCCCGCCCAUGAGGUCGACCUGGAACCACUAGACUAUGACCUGGACCUUAACAAAGAGCUUUCUAAGCCUCAGAAAGUGUUGAUCCCAGAGCGUUAUGUGGAUUCAGAGCCUGAGGAGCCUCUCAGUCCGCAGGAGGUGGAGGAUCGUAAUCGUAAGGUGGAGCGCAUCAAGAGCAUCUUGGCAAAGUCCAGUGUGCAAAACCUAACACCCACAGUGACUGUGGACAAGCCAGAGGUUGGGCUAGUGGCUCUUGACUCAGCUCUACAGGAGCAGGAGAGGAUCAUCACCAUGUCCUAUGCUCUCGCGUCGGAGGCCUCGCUCAAGAGUAAACUAGUCACAGUUCCACCACAGUCUAACAUCCCCACCCCUCCUCCUCCACCCCCUCCUCCGCCUCCUCCUCUCCCUCCUCUUCCUCCUGUUUCUACGAUUUCUACUGUAUCUCUGGCGCCUCCCUCUCCUCUAAGCAACGGAAUUCACUACACGUUUGUCUAAUCCGAGAAAUAAACUCAAGCAAUUUCUGGACACUGAGGUGCUAUUCCACAAUGACAACAAACAACCACAUUCUGCAAGAAAAGAGGAUUUUUUGGGACCUUUCCAUACAGAAGUACAAGAACUGUACUAAACAUUUAAACUGCUCUCUGAGGCUCACGCAGCAUUGACUCGUUAAGGAAAAUGGAAGACUUCGCAAUGGGAGAUGCUGGGCCCAUUAACUAUGGAAGUGUCUAACAAAUGUUAUCAUAUGUUAUCAUAAUCAUCUUUUCUACAUGUUAUUGCACUUUGAAUUGUACACUGUAUCAUGUUUUCAAGGUAUGACUGAAUUGCUUUUACUUGCAGUGUGAUAUCAACUGGGAACUUGCACAGAAUGUUAAAAACAAAAGGGACUAAAUGUGUCAUGAGGGUAGUAUUUUUUGUCAAAAAUCAGAUCAUAUUCUUACACCAAACCACUUGAAAUAUCAUAUGUAUGUACCUGUAGCACUGCCAGUCUCCUUUUAGCUUGCCAAAAUGAAUUUUUAUUUUUGCUUACAUCAGGAUGAAAAUAACCUCUAACAUAUUUUCUGUGUGACUGGGGAUGGUUGCACAAUGGACAUUUAUAAAAAUGUUAAUAUUAAAGAUGUUAACACAAUA